AUGGAGCGGCCUAAGUCAUCAGGCAACAAGGCACGUAACCUCCGCAUUCCGCCCGCCGUCUCGCAAUCACUCAAGCUCCAUCAGCUCCCUACAGCUUCCCUCCAAACCCUUGGCGGUCGGCAUGAUAUAGCUGAUACAUCGCGCAUCAUGGCGCUGGAAGGAACUAGUAGUUAUGUUGCUCCUAGCAACCUAACGGACCCUUCGGACUCCCUACCUAUCUUCGACGUCCAGCGGGUGCAGCUCCAGUUCCCUAUCGCCGCGGACUUCGUUGCGGCCCAAGUCGCAAACAAUGUUCUAGUGUUGGCGCUGUCAACUGGGCGCAUUCUCCGAAUUGAUCUCGAUACCCCUGAAGACAUUGAUGACAUUGACCUUCCAAAGAAGUCCUCAGAGACCGGUCUGAUCCGACGCAUGUUCCUGGAUCCCUCGGCAUCUCACUUGAUUAUCAGUACUACGCUUGGCGAAAACUAUUACCUCCAUACCCAGUCGCGACAGCCCAAGGCCUUGUCCCGGUUAAAGGGAGUCUCGAUCGAAAGCAUUGCCUGGAACCCUUCUCUGCCCACUGCAUCGACUCGCGAAAUUCUACUGGGAACAACCGACGGCAAUGUCUACGAAACCUACAUUGAACCGUCCACGGAGUUCUAUCGGCGCGAGGAGAAGUACGUCACGGUAGUUUACAAGGUUCCAGAUGCCUCGCCAGUCAUUGGAUUGUGCGCCGAGCCAGUUCCCGCGAGGCCUGAGCAACGGAGGGUCAUGGUUGCGACAUAUGGAAAGUUGAUACACUUCUUAGGUCGUGUUGGAGCCGUAAGACAAGGCAGGGAAGGCGGCGGCUCCAUAUAUACGGAGCUUUUCCAGCGCGAGACGCCUUUGAUCCAAGAUGGUUUAAGCCCAUCCGGCUCUGCGCCGGCCUCUCUGACGGUUUCGCCCUCUGCUUCUGGAAGCCCCCAGACCGAAAGGUCCACGGAGAAGGAGUUCGCCUGGCUGAGUGCUCAAGGAAUUUUCCAUGGACAGAUGUCAUCUAGCGGCCCAUUCGAACACGCGAGUCUCAUUGCUCGCUCCAAAUAUCCGGCAUCUCAAUCUGCUCGCGGUGGUAGGAAAAUGAUCCAGGACCCAAUCUCUUCAAUGACGUUGUCCCGCUGGCAUGUGUUGGCUUUGGUUGAAGGUCGAGUGGUUGCUGUGAAUCGCCUGAGCGAGGAAGUUGUCUAUGACCAAGCUAUACUGGAGCCUAGGCAGAGUGCUCUAGGCUUGUUGACCGACCUGGCACAAAACACACACUGGCUGUUUACUGGGCAGGAGAUCUUCGAAGUGGUCGCCAAUGAUGAAGAUCGCGAUGUGUGGAAAAUUUUCUUGAAGAAAAAGAAGUUUGAGGAAGCCCUUCAGUACGCUCACAGUCAGACACAGCCAAAGGUCUGGGGCAAGAGCAGCAAGGGCUUUGAGGAGGUUUGCCUAACAAUGGUGGACAACAAGGAGUAUGAUGCUCUGCGGAAUUAUCUCCUGUCUCAAUUAUCCACUUAUAAGAAGGCAUCUGUCAUGCAGAGAAUUAUGGUUGCAAGCUGGCUUGUGGAGCUUUUCAUGUCGAAGCUGAAUUCUCUGGACGACAACAUUGCUACCAAGGCCGAAUUGACAGAGGGCGCCACGACGGGUGAGAUCAAGGAUCAAUUGGGCAGCGUGCGAGCCGAAUUCCAGAAUUUCGUGACCAAGCACAAGGCAGAUCUAGACAAGAAAACGGUCUACGAUAUUAUCAGCAGUCACGGACGUGAAGAGGAGUUGCUAUUCUUUGCGACUACCACCAACGACCACAACUACGUGCUUUCUUACUGGAUUCAGCGCGAGAAAUGGUCAGAGGCCUUGAACGUCCUUCAGCGACAGAAUGAGCCCGACGUCUUCUACAAGUACAGCAGUGUCCUCAUGACCCAUGCGCCUACCGAACUCAUUGAGAUUCUUAUGCGGCAGACAAAUUUGGACCCCGAGAGACUCAUCCCUGCCUUAUUGAACUACAACAAGACUGCCAGUACUUCUCUCAACCAGAACCAGGCUGUUCGCUAUCUGAACUUCAUCAUUGUCAACCAUCCUCGCCCUUCUGCCGCUGUUCAUAACACACUCAUCUCGAUUCAUGCCUCCAGUCCGUCAGCCUCGGAAGCCGGACUGCUCACGUAUCUCCAAUCGCAGUCCUCUUCGCCGCCUCCCUACGAUGCAGACUUUGCUCUUCGACUUUGUAUCCAGCACAAGAGGGUUCAAUCAUGCAUCCACAUAUACAGUGCCAUGGGUCAAUACCUUCAGGCAGUAGAACUCGCCUUGGAACACAAUGACAUUGAACUUGCGGCCAUCGUCGCCGAUCGCCCGGAAGGCAACGACAAGCUACGCAAGAAAUUAUGGCUCCUGGUCGCGGAGAAGAAGAUUUGCCAGCCCGGUACAGGAAUUAAAGAUGCAAUUGAAUUCCUGCGCCGCUGCGAGCUCCUGCGCAUCGAAGAUCUCAUUCCCUUCUUCCCAGACUUUGUCGUCAUCGAUGAUUUCAAAGAUGAGAUCUGUACCGCGCUGGAAGACUACUCGCGCCAUAUCGAUGCUCUGCGGCAGGAAAUGGACAACUCCGCUCAAACAGCCCGGCAAAUUCGCUCCGAGAUUGCUGGCCUAGAUUCGCGCUAUGCGAUCGUAGAGCCAGGUGAGAAGUGCUGGAUCUGCUCGUUGCCUCUUCUGAGUCGCCAGUUCUUUGUAUUUCCCUGUCAGCAUGCGUUCCACAGUGACUGUCUGGGUAAGGAGGUGCUGGAUGGUGCCGGAGGUAAGAAGAAGUAUAUUCGCGAUUUGCAGGGGCAGCUGAGCAAGAGCGAGAUUACUCCGUCACGACGAGAGGAGAUUGUCAAGGAAUUGGACGGACUGGUUGCUGAAGCUUGGUAG